AUGGCGAAACAUCGUAAUCGGAAGGCUGAGGGCCGGCGAGGAGAUACGUCGGAGACAUUCGCUGUCCCGUUCGACAAAGAUUGGAACAAGGAGGAUACCUCUGUCAACACCCAAGCUGGCAAACGUGACCCUCUCCCAGGAACAGUCGUCGACUUGUCCGAACCGAGAUCAGACUUCUUCCAGCAGAUUGAGCUUCUUCAGAAUCACAAGCCUGCCCGUUACAAAAGCCUGCUCGACUUGACAAACACCACAUCUAGCGUCAACAAUUUCAACGUACGCUCGUUCAACUACACGCGCAAAUGGGUCUCUUUGGGCGAUAAGAAGCCCGAGGAUGUGUACGACAUGGUACACGAGCGCGAUUUCGUCCGGCAAUUCCCCCGUGUGCACAAAGAGACUUCUGAAGCCGAGUGUUUAAGAAUCAAGAUGUUUUACCACAAGAUGAACCAAGACAAGGCAUUCCGCUUGAUGCAAGCUACCAAGGAUUGCGAACCAAGAUUGCUACUGGCACCUACUGCGGAUGAUGGUAUCCUCAAUACAUCCAAGUCGAUCGAAACUGAACUUGGGAGGAACCCUAACAACAGAAAGAUCGGACUGGUACAUAUCAUGAACAUCCCGGAGAUCUUCGAUAAUGUAGUGGACUACAUCAAACCCUCCGUUGCCGACCUGACAUCGUUGGCAAUGGCUUGCAAGGACACCGCUCGAUUGAUCAGCGGUCGGUUUGCAGUUUGGGACUUCUCUUCGGGUAACUUCCAUCUUGACAAAGACUACAAGAACGAAAAGGGCGGAAUCCGCAUGAAUACCUUGAUCAUUACACCAAUCACCCAAGUUGCAGCUGCUAGCCCUCAAGACAAGCCAUUUGAGCAGGAGUUCAAGUUGUUGACUAAGAUGGUUCAUAAAAUGUGUAUCAGUCUCACGAGUUUCCGAGACUUGAUGCUGGACCAGAUCCCUUACCUCGACACCAAGCUGGUAAGGUUGAUGAUUAAGUCAAUGCCCAAUCUUGAAAGCAUCGCCAUUACGCGCUGCAAACAGCUUGAUUUUACCAAACUUGACUCCCUCCUUCGCAUCAUUCAGGAGAAGAAUGGGCUUGCAGCUACCCGCCGCCACAAGAGGGUGCGCUUGGAUUUCUACCCGUAUUUCUUCGAGGGUCCAACUUCUGCGCCCAACACACUGGGAUCUUUCGGGCUGACCUACCACAAGCCAACCUUUGAUGUGCCGAAGGCCGUCUUUGCUCGGAUUAUGGCGUGCUGGGAUCUUGCCGCAAUACUCGGCGUCGACCUUCUCAGUGACAGCUCAGGGAUUUGGCACUUCAUUCGUCGUUUACCUGGUCCAGAUCCAUUCUGGGCUUACAAAGCUCGUGAAGCGGUCAUCACAUGGAAACGCCAUAGGGUCUAUUGCUAUCGUAGUUUCGAGGCGUAUCGGCUACUCAACAGGUACCUGUGGAAGUAUUUAGGCGACGCAGUCUGUGGCGAUACAGGUGAAAAUAUAUCUCGUGAGCCGAAGGAGAGGCAGUGCAGUGGAUGCUAUACCCUUCUCCCAGAUUAUUUCUUCUCCAACACCAAGAAUCUGGUUUGCUGGGGAUGCAGAAUGGGUGCUUUUGUGGCGAACCAUGAAGACAGCCAUUUCCGUGACCGCACCAAUCGCGUCAUGCAGAUCUGGUUGGGUAACCGGAAGCGUUGGCCUUUUCAAGAACUCAUUUAUCUACCCAAUGACACGGACGAGGAGAGAGAUGCCCUCAAGAUGGCCAAAUUGACAGACAAAGCUUGGCGUUACGAAUUCUUUGAGUUCAAACCUGGUAUGCCCCGAUUUCCGCAGGCGAUACACUGGGAAACGCAUCUAUCCUCAACCAAAAGGACAAGACAGCUUUUGUGGCCAUUGACCGGACGGACAAAUCACCGUGAAGGUGGCCCUCAGUAUGAGAACGCAUACCUCGAGGCUGGAUUGAAUCCUAUGUGGGAUGAGCGGACGAAGAAGAGAUAUCGAGACGUGGACAGAGCAAAUCGUCGAGAUUUCUUUGGCAUAUAUGUCUCCGAUUUGCAUGCCCUGCCUGAUUGGGAGCCCUAUAAUCGUAACUGGGAGGCAAGAGAAAGGGGCAAGGCGAAUUUGGAGAGGAAGCCUUCGGCGUACUUGGGGAAUUGGUAG